CUGCUAGUGUAGCUCCCGCAGCCAAAGGAGCGGUGGCAUUGCCAGCGCAGGCAUGACGCGCGACUCGCAACCGCAGCGGGGCCCGAGCGCGGCGUGUCGGCGGCCCUCGAAAAUAUGUACAGCUGCAGCCAGCACCACCAGCGCCCGCCGCCCACGCAACCAUGGCGCCCCCGCAGCCCCAGCAGGUCCAUCUCUCGCCCGCCGAGCUGUCGUUCCUGCGCGCGACCCUCUGCCAGGACCCGCCCCUCCGCUUCGACCACACCAAGCGCCCCAACGACUUCCGCUCCAUGCGCGCAGAGUGCGAUGUGCUGCCCGGCGCAAACGGAAGCGCCCGCAUUGCCCUCGACGACGGCACCGAGGCGCUUGUGGGCGUCAAGGCAGAGGUCGAAAGGUCCCAGUGGCGGCCGUCCCUCGAGGCGCGGGGCAGCGGGCUGGCGGGGGAUGCCGAGAUGCGCGACGCCGACGACGACGACGACGCCGCCGCCACGGGCAGGGGACAAGACGCGUGGAUAGAGAUGAGCGUCGAGAUUCCAGGCUUCCGCGACGACGACGCGCUGCCCGUGUUCCUCGCCUCGAUGCUCACCGAGAGCUUGCUCGCCAGCGGCGGGCUCAAGGACAGGCUGUACAUCAACAGCCGCUUCCACUGGAAGCUGUACAUCGACAUUCUCCUCCUCUCGCCGCCCCUGUCCUACCCGCUCGCUCUCCUGUCCAUGACCACCCACCUCGCCCUGCUCACCGCGCGCCUGCCCGCCUUGAAGUCGGAGCAGGACGAGGACCCGCUGUUCGACGACGACUGGGAUGCCGCCGUCUUCCUCUAUCCCAAGAGCAAAGCAAAUGCACCCGACGACAAGCCUCCAGUCAUUGUGCUAGCCAUGGCCGUCGGUCCCAACAUCAUCUUCGACCCGUGCAUGGAGGAACUGGCCGUCGCUGAUGCCGUGCUCGCAAUUGCAUGCGCGAAUGCCACUGCGUCAUCUACGCGCGCACGGAUUGUCUCGGUCCGCACCAUCGACCCUCCAUCCCACCUCACUCCUCCAGGCGUACCAAACUCGAUGAACUCCGCCACCGGUGGAACCGUCCCAGCAUCAAGUGCCGAAGCCUUGACACAGCGCGAGCUCCUCGCAAACUCUGGCGUCUGGACCCCUCCGAGAGGUGGCAUGAAGAGAGGACUAAUCUCUCAGGUCGUGAAGAUGGUGGUCGAAGAGGGAGGAGUUGCAGAAGAAGUCAUCAGCGCAUUGCAGGCCAUCGAACUCGGGUGAAGGGGCGACAAUCGCCUGCUUAGUCUUCUUACGCCCCGCAGAUUUUGAUGCAUCAGAUGUCGUCGCAGGGUGAAGCCGAUCGCAACUACAUGGUGAAUCGAGAGCGAUUGACGGCCUUGCAGCCGAUAACAUCGCCCCGACGUCGGCCGCACAGGGCGCUCUCUAGACCCAUGGCGAGUGUUGGCUCCUCCACCACAACCUUUGGCUUGCUUGGCUGGUGCCGAAAUAGAAGUCAGCCCUGCUCAGCCUUUUGUUCGAGCCGUGGG